AUGAAGUUCAACGCUGCCGCAGCUGUAUCAGCUGCCAUCCUGGCCGGCGCUGUCCAAGCUGAUCAGGCUGACCAAAAGCCUUUGUCGCCUGCGGCUGCCAAAGUUCCUGAUCUCCCAUCCUUUACGCCUACCACACUGAAAGCCCCCUUCCUCGAGCAGUUCACCGAUGACUGGGAGAAGCGCUGGAAGCCGUCUCAUGCCAAAAAGGACAUGAAAGGCUCUGGCAAAGAUGAGGAGGAAUGGGCUUUUAUCGGAGAGUGGUCUGUUGAGGAGCCGUACCAGUACAAGGGCAUGAAAGGCGACAAAGGUCUUGUUGUCAAGAACCCCGCCGCUCACCACGCCAUCUCGGCCAAGUUUCCUCAGAAGAUUGACAACAAGGGCAAGACCUUGGUCGUUCAGUAUGAGGUCAAGCUUCAGACGGGCCUGGAAUGUGGUGGCGCCUACAUGAAGCUCCUCCGCGACAACAAGGCCCUUCACCAAGAAGAGUUUAGCAACACGACCCCGUACGUCAUCAUGUUCGGCCCUGACAAGUGCGGCCACACGAACAAGGUUCACUUCAUCUUCAAUCACAAGAACCCCAAAACUGGCCAGUAUGAGGAGAAGCACCUGUCUUCGCCCCCUACGGCCAAGAUUGUCAAGACCACCGAGCUGUACACGUUGAUUGUCCGCCCAGACAACACCUACGUCAUCAAGCAGAAUGGAGAGGAAGUCAAGUCUGGGUCGCUCCUCGAGGACUUUGUCCCCUCGGUCAACCCCCCGGCCGAGAUUGACGACCCAAAGGCCACCAAGCCCAAGGACUGGGUUGACGAGGCUCGUAUCACGGAUCCUGACGCUACAAAGCCUGAUGACUGGGAUGAGGACGCCCCCUUUGAAAUUGUCGAUGAGGAGGCCACUAUUCCCGAGGACUGGCUCGAGAACGAGGCUACGAUUGUAGCCGAUCCUGAGGCCCAGAAGCCCGAGGACUGGGAUGACGAGGAGGAUGGCGACUGGAUCGCUCCUACCGUCCCCAACCCCAAGUGCGCCGAUGUCUCUGGCUGUGGCCCUUGGACCAAGCCCAUGAAGAACAACCCCGAUUACAAGGGAAAAUGGUCCGCCCCUCUGAUUGACAACCCCGCCUACAAGGGACCCUGGGCCCCUCCCAAGAUCAAGAACCCCGACUUUUUCGAGGACAAGACUCCUGCCAACUUUGAGCCCAUGGGCGCUAUUGGCUUUGAGAUUUGGACCAUGCAAAAGGAUAUCCUCUUUGACAACAUCUACAUUGGACAUUCGGUUGCUGACGCGGAGAAGCUGGCUGCUCAGACGUUCAAGCUGAAACACGCGGUCGAGAAAGUUCUGGCCGAGGCUGACCAGCCCAAGGAGGAGGAAAAACCAAAGUCGCCACUCGACCUCAAGUUCCGCGAUGACCCCGUUCUCUACGUCAAGGAAAAGCUCAAUCUCUUCGUCACCAUUGCCAAGAGGGAUCCCGUCGAAGCCGUCAAGUUUGUUCCGGAAGUUGCUGGCGGCCUGGCCGCUAUUGCCGUGACCUUGGUUGCCAUUAUCGUUAGCCUGGUUGGUCUGGGAGCAUCUUCACCUGCUGUCAAGGAGACGGCCGCAGCCGCCAAGGGCAAGGCCAAGGAGGUCAAGGACGCAGUCGUCGAGGCCACUGCUUCUGCUACUACUGCCACCACCACUGGUGCUGAGAAGGCCAAGGGUGAGGCGAACAAGCGUACUACCCGCAGCCAAUCGUAA